AUGAGUGUAGAGGAUGGGGGUAUGCCAGGCCUGGGCCGUCCCAGGCAGGCCCGCUGGACCCUGAUGCUACUCCUAUCCACUGCCAUGUACGGUGCCCAUGCCCCAUUGCUGGCACUGUGCCAUGUGGACGGCCGAGUGCCCUUCCGGCCCUCCUCAGCCGUGCUGCUGACUGAGCUGACCAAGCUACUGUUAUGCGCCUUCUCCCUUCUGGUAGGCUGGCAAGCAUGGCCCCAGGGGGCCCCACCCUGGCGCCAGGCUGCUCCCUUCGCACUGUCAGCCCUGCUCUAUGGCGCUAACAACAACCUGGUGAUCUAUCUUCAGCGUUACAUGGACCCCAGCACCUACCAGGUGCUGAGUAAUCUCAAGAUUGGAAGCACGGCUGUGCUCUACUGCCUCUGCCUCCGGCACCGCCUCUCUGUGCGUCAGGGGUUAGCGCUGCUGCUGCUGAUGGCUGCGGGGGCCUGCUAUGCAGCAGGGGGCCUUCAAGUUCCCGGGAACACCCUUCCCAGUCCCCCUCCAGCAGCUGCUGCCAGCCCCAUGCCCCUGCAUAUCACUCCGCUAGGCCUGCUGCUCCUCAUUCUGUACUGCCUCAUCUCAGGCUUGUCUUCAGUGUACACAGAGCUGCUCAUGAAGCGACAGCGGCUGCCCCUGGCACUUCAGAACCUCUUCCUCUACACUUUUGGUGUGCUUCUGAAUCUAGGUCUGCAUGCUGGCGGCGGCUCCGGCCCAGGCCUCCUGGAAGGUUUCUCAGGAUGGGCAGCACUUGUGGUGCUGAGCCAGGCACUAAAUGGACUGCUCAUGUCCGCUGUCAUGAAGCAUGGCAGCAGCAUCACACGCCUCUUUGUGGUAUCCUGCUCACUGGUGGUCAACGCCGUGCUCUCAGCAGUCCUGCUACGGCUGCAGCUCACAGCCGCCUUCUUCCUGGCCACAUUGCUCAUUGGCCUGGCCAUGCGCCUGUACUAUGGCAGCCGCUAGUCCCUGACAACUUCCACCCUGAUUCCGGACCCUGUAGAUUGGGCGCCACCACCAGAUCCCCCUCCCAGGCCUUCCUCCCCCUCCCAUCAGCAGCCCUGUAACAAGUGCCUUGUGAGAAAAGCUGGAGAAGUGAGGGCAGCCAGGUUAUUCUCUGGAGAUCGGUGGAUGAAGGGGUACCCCUAGGAGACGUGAAGUGUGGGUUUGGUUAAGGAAAUGCUUACCAUCCCCCACCCCCAACCAAGUUCUUCCAGACUAAAGAAUUAAGGUAACAUCAAUACCUAGGCCUGAGAAAUAACCCCAUCCUUGUUGGGCAGCUCCCUGCUUUGUCCUGCAUGAACAGAGUUGAUGAAAGUGGGGUGUGGGCAACAAGUGGCUUUCCUUGCCUACUUUAGUCACGCAGCAGAGCCACUGGAGCUGGCUAGUCCAGCCCAGCCAUGGUGCAUGACUCUUCCAUAAGGGAUCCUCACCCUUCCACUUUCAUGCAAGAAGGCCCAGUUGCCACAGAUUAUACAACCAUUACCCGAACCACUCUGACAGUCUCCUCCAGUUCCAGCAAUGCCUAGAGACAUGCUCCCUGCCCUUUCCACAGUGCUGCUCCCCACACCUAGCCUUUGUUCUGGAAACCCCAGAGAGGGCUGGGCUUGACUCAUCUCAGGGAAUGUAGCCCCUGGGCCCUGGCUUAAGCCGACACUCCUGACCUCUCUGUUCACCCUGAGGGCUGUCUUGAAGCCCGCUACCCACUCUGAGGCUCCUAGGAGGUACCAUGCUUCCCACUCUGGGGCCUGCCCCUGCCUAGCAGUCUCCCAGCUCCCAACAGCCUGGGGAAGCUCUGCACAGAGUGACCUGAGACCAGGUACAGGAAACCUGUAGCUCAAUCAAUGUCUCUUUAACUGCAUAAGCAAUAAGAUCUUAAUAAAGUCUUCUAGGCUGUAGGGUGGUUCCUACAACCACA